AUGUCUGGAAGUUCCGAUUCAGAAGGCGACCUGGCAAAUGUCUUCAUCCGACGCAAUAAGCGAAACACGGACAAGGAGCUGCAUCGCAUACAGAUAGACAAGCCGCAUCAAUCAUCACGGAAGAAGAGCCGUCGUCGCUCUAGUCGCCGCUACGUCGAGGCACCUCCCAAGAAGGACCAUGACCAUGUCACGGACCAGGAAUCUGACGACCUGCUAGACGACUACUAUGGAGGCACAUUCCUAGGUCCAGACAUUCGCUUGGACCAUGAUGCAAGACCCGAACGAAUCUCUGCCAGGCCUGAACCUCUUUACAUCCGCCCGUCCAGUAUGCCUCAACCAUUACGACCUUCUGCUGGAUUUGGAGCCCCUCCACGCCCGCCGCCAAAUGGACCCCCUCCACCACCGCCCCCAAUUUCUCCAUCGUGGUCAGACGCAUCCUCAUACCAUCCUUCACAUAUGCCUACAAAUCCGGCGUAUAAACCAUUCGUACCACGAUAUAUUCCGUAUCGGCGGAACUCGAUCAUGGUACCGAUCAGAAGACAAGGAUUCAUAAGAGAAGCGCCACCCCACAGUAAAGGUCUUUGGGCUCGAGCGGCAGUUCCGAUCUACAGCAAAGGCAACGGUACUCUAAAACUGACCCUCAAACUUGUACUAACCCGGCACGGCGAACGCUACAAAAGCCGUGGCUUCAUCUACGAAAAAGGAACCUGGGACGAUUUCGCCUUCGCCACACGUCUCACCCAAGAAUACCGACGUCUCAAAACCGACCACAUCGGCCUAGUCCAAAAACUCACAGCCUACAAAGCCAUCUCCUUCGUAUACUUCCUCCAAUACCACGCCUUUCCCGACCAAGCCUACAAACACGGCCGCUGGCAAAUCAGCGAAAAGAAAGCCAUCACGAACCGCGACGACGAUCGAGGUCGAGCGUUUUUCAUGUUCCAGCUCCGCAAGAAAGCGCGAAGCGUUUCGAAACUUUUCCAUGUUUUUCGAGAGGAGAAGAACAGCGAGGCGAGAAGGCAGAAACAUUCUAGAGUUUGGGUGGAUAAUUUGGAUGAGUUGAUCGAACCCGGUGCCGUGGUGGAUUUGGAGAUCAAGGAGACGUUUGACAGUGCGAAGGUGUAUGCUGCGUUGCUUCUCGUGAUUUUGAUCAGUCUUGGUGCGGCGCUUGGGUAUGGGUUUGGAAUGGAGAAGGAUUUCUCGACGGGGUUUUCAAUCGCGGGGUGGCUGAUUACCGCUUUUGGAUUUUUUGCGGCGAUUGUUGCUGCGGGCGAGUACUUUGGGUUGGAGAGUCCGAGCAUGACGCUUUGGGAUGCGGAGCCGUUGGAUAAGGGAAAUGUGUUGCCUGCCGGAAUGUUAUAUAUAUGGAAGGAAUUCUUCCGAAAUUUGCCACUCUGUACACAACAACUCUCUAGGAAGAUGUAUCUUUCACUGAAAUACGGGAGAAGCGGGACGCCUUGGGGGCUAGCAGAAAAUCGCACUUUGCACAGUGUUUUCGAAGGUUGGGCUUGGAUCGACGUAUGCUGUAGAACUAUCGACAAAAUCCACCGUCUGUCGUGCGUCUACGUUGGUAAAGCGCCCAAGCAGUCCUUGACUGGAUCUAAAUAG